AUGACUCUGUAUUAUGUACUAAAAAAUGGUUUGGAAUUUGGUGAAAUGUACAAAUGCCCUUCUAAUAUUACAAUUUCUUUCUAUCCAAGACCAAUUAUUGGAUCAUAUUUUUUGAUUUCUGGGAUCAUUCUUACAAUAAUUUACUUUCCAUGCUUCCUGGUUAUGCUAUUCUCCAAGUGUCGUGCUCCAUCCUACCAACUCAUGACACUCCUUGCAAUUUUUGAUCUAUCAGCCCUCACCAUAAAUUCCAUCAUCACUGGAGCCCUUGGUAUCCAGGGAGCGUCGUUCUGCCACUACCCAUUGCUUAUAUACUGUGCCGGAGCAAUAGGUCUUGGAUCUUGGAUGGGCGGUUGUACCAUUUGUAUUCUAAUGGCUCUGGAUAGAUGUGUGGAGAUUAAUCCGCACUUCCCAUUUGCUUUUAUUUUCUAUAAGCCUGUAUUUCGAUUCACGAUGCUGGUUGUUUGUGGGUAUUGGGCGUUUGCUACAUUUUUCACAAAUCCAGUUAUAUUCAAUGUGCACUACAUGUCAUGGUUUUUUGAUCCGAAUAUUGGGAAAGAUGGCGACCUCUACCACAACAUCCCUCAUACUAUCAACAACUUGUUUGUAUCAGUUAUAUCGACACCUCUCUACAUUUACUUGUGUUACCAUCUUAUAUCUCUUAAUUUUUUUUUAAUUUUUUUAAUUUUUCCGAUCAUAAUCCAAGCGGUCAUCUUAUGUUUCUUCCAUGCCACUGGCGCCUACAUCUACGUUUACAUGCAAUUCUUCCCCACACCUCCAUGGCUAAUUAUAAUUGGCCAAUUAGCAUGGCAAUACAGUAAUGGAUGUGUUUGUUUGGCAUACUGGACACUGAAUCGAACAAUUCGGAACUCUGCGAUUCGGAUGAUGCUACCGAAGAAAAUUCGGAAACGAUUCAAGUUGCAUAUGGGAAUUGAGGAACAGAUUGAAGCGGAGAGGAAUGAUGGCAAUAAUGUAGUGGCAAGCCCUGCGGAUGCUAUAAUGGCACAUACUGCAAAAGUUGCACCGUUUUUGAGUGAAACUACUUUAUGA